AUGUCACCUACAGAAAUAAAAGGGUUUUAUGUGUUACCUCUUAAGUUAACAGGCACGAAAUCAAUACAUUAUAUAUAUUUUAAAAAACAUGAACUGAAGAGCUCUUCCAAUGAUAACAGAUCAUUAUUCAUUUGCAAUUUGCCCAUAUCCACAGAUUUGUCUACUAUCAAGAAAUUUUUUCAGAAAAUAGCUAUAGGAUCUACAAUAGAACUGUUUAUAAACUCACUUUUGACAGAUUAUCCCGAGGACAUAUGGAUUAACUUAACCAAACUAACAUCGGACUUGGAUUUGGCUGAUGUAGUUGACGAACAAGCAAGCAAGUUGCCCAAAAACUGUGGUAUUGUGACAUUUAUAGAUAAGGCCUCUUUCACACUAGCCUUCAACUCGUUGAAAAAAUUGUCAUCUAGCCUUACUGAGUGUGAGUGGCCGAUACAACAAUUCACAUCAAAUUACUAUUUGAAUAAGUAUCAAAAGCAAAUACUAGACCCAAAAAGCUUAACUGAAGAGGUCUCCCAAGCAUUAACAGAUUUUGACAAAGCAGAACAACAGUCAAUUGAAGAAUUGCAACUGCAAAGAAAUUUGGUUGAUGAAGAUGGUUUCACUUUGGUGGUUGGUAGUCAUAGAAAAACCAAGGCAGGUAUUUUGGGCAAACAGAAAUUAGCAUCAACUGUCGGGGUUGUAAAAGCUCAAUCAAAGAUGAAAAGUAAAGAAAAGCAAGACUUUUAUAGAUUUCAAUUGAGACAACGAAAGAAGGAAGAAAUGAAUGAGUUGUUGAACAAGUUCAAAUUGGAUCAAGAAAAGGUCAGAAUGAUGAAGGAAAAGAAAAGGUUCAGACCAUAUUAG